AUGUGUUGUUUUGGCAUGAACGGCGGAUCUCCUCCACUCCACUCACAUGCUGCUGUUUCUGUUCCACCCCGAGUCAUCACCAUAAUUCCCACCACCUACAGCUCUAACCCCGGCACAGCCACCAUGCCACUCGUCGUAGAUCAAUACACGCAUAGAGGUAUUGCGCCUGCACCACAUCAUGCGUCGCAUCAUGGUGGUUUAGGGUCUCAUGGGUCUUCGCUUCGUCAUGGGAGCUCGAGAGUGCAUCACGGAGGGGGUUUGGGAGGAGGUUUACAGACCACUGAGUUUGUGUAUGACAGACGAAAAGCAGCUGACAUGAGAGACCUGAAAGAAACAUUGGCUGUCUCCAAGAAACUUGCACAAAUGUCUGCCGGAUUUGGUUUCUCCGUUGGCGAUUUUAUCGCCGCUAUCGAUCUUGUCGCAACGGUCAUCGAUGCCCUUCGGGAGAGUGGUAAUUGCAGUUCAGAAUUUCGAGAAAUCGUACGACAACUCGACACUCUAGAGGACACUCUAAGGCGUGUCAAAAGACUAGAGCUCAAUGACUCGCAACAAGGGGAAGGUAUUGCAUUGCAAAAAGCUGCCUCUCGCUGCCAGAUUACUAUUCAUGAGUUCUGGAAGAAGAUCCAAAAAUAUCAGCCUCAUUUGAGGAGUGGUGGGUCCUCUUCGAGAUUGAAGGAUGGUUGGAUGAAGAUAGUAUGGGCUACGUUUGCUGAUUACAACAAUACAAAUGUCCUCGGCAACCGCACAUGCAAACCAGGCCUCACGACAUCGAACUCUUGCGGGUCAAAUCCAGGACGGGUAUUUCGAUUACAUGCGACGACGGCUUUUGGACGUUUCUGGAAGUAUCCAAAGGUUGUACACAAUCUAUAUGAUGUACUGGCACCUUUAACAUUACAUAGUGGUCUCGUCAUAGGUAAACGAAUCUUGGAUACCGCUCUGGAGAUCAAAUCUACAGUGAUUGAAACAAACAUCAGAGUCUUUCAAAUGGUGUUGGAAAUCCAUCAGGUGAUCACUCACAUACCCAGCCAGGUGAAUCGCCAGCAUCCGGUUUACCUGAUAGAUGCUCUUGGUCGACACACGCCUUUCCACUUGGAGUUUAUACGAUUGAAAGAGGCAUUCGUCUCUGUCUUAAAAAUCAACUUUAGUCACGUUGGUCGAGCAGCAUCCAUAAUCGAGCAUGGCGAUUUUGCAAUCCAAGAUUCGGCCACUAAACGAGACAUCCAACUUCAAGAUGACUGGGAAUUAUGCUUUUCUCCAGGCCAAAAAGUCGAGAUGAGUAUGAUCUUUCGUCAAGUUCAAGUGUCCAACAACUGUGCGAGAUGCGAUUCCAUCUGCCACAGCUAUAAUGAUGGAGAGGUAGAGUGUCCUAAAUGUGGUAUAAGCUUUCGUAUUAUCACAGAGGUAGAAGAUCACGACCCAACUCCAAAUAUUUUGAAAGAUCGAACAAUCAAACCAGCGGAUGCCGAUAUAGAUGACGAUCUGAGACUAUUCCGCCGCGUGCGUAUCAAAUGCCGAUUGCCGAUUGAACUCGAAAGGAAAAUACAACCUUUGAACAAUUGGCCUAGGAAUCUUACUAUAAACGACUACUACAAAGCUCAGGCACAACUGGAAGAAAAAUCUCGAGUUCUGGCACAAAUCGAAGAAGACUUUCUUCUCUUCGUGUAUUAA